AUGUCUUUCAAUGGCCCGAUUCACUACCCUCCAGAGCCUUUGAAACCGGAAACCAUCUUCAAGUCCGGCUUCAUCCCGUAUGGCUUCACUUCCCUAAAGGAGGCCACACAGAGGCCCGAUUUUGCUAAACAGCGCGCGGGAAAGAAAACGCCCAAGCCUCGAAUGGCCUUUUCUCACUGGUCGUAUACCACAUCGCCAGGGAGAAUGGUGGUAAAAACCCAAAGAGGCCGAGUAGGGCUUCCCGUGAAACUCGGGGCUAGCUCCGGUCCCUUUGACUUCGACGUUCGCUCCCGUCAUCAUCUGAAAGGAGAGCUGGCCGUGGUAUCUGCAGAGCUACAGAUUCUGAUGGAUGAAGACGGAGGUGUCGCCGUGCUUCAUCUCGUCCUCUUUUUUGCGUUUAACACAGUGCGAGCUGGAUUACCAUCCAAUGAAAAGUGGCCUUUUACAGCUCUCAAAGAUUUCCGCAUUCGCUGCCGCGAUUGUCGACGUCGCGAGGUUAACCCAAACUGGGCACCACCCACACCCGCUAAACUGCACUACAACCAUCCCUCUUCCUAA